AUGGCGCUGCGCGCUCCGAGGCCGAUCCUCUGCCGGAUUAGGGCCGAAAAACCGGCGUUGCCGGAGUUUCAGAGGCUGAGGGGCGCGGCGGAGGGCGGCGGAAAGAUCGUGCUGCAGCCUAGGGUUUGCACGCUGAGGUCUUUCGGGGGCGAGCGCGGGGGCGGCGUGAUUAGGGCUAAUGUGGAGAACGAGGUCUCGAGGUUCUUCGGGACUCUGUCGGAUUAUGUGGAGAGCUCCAAGAAGAGUCACGAUUUCGAGAUUAUGUCUGGUCGGCUUGCCAUGAUUGUAUUUGCUGCAACAGUUGGAGUGGAGAUUGUGACAGGGAACUCGGUUUUCAGGAAGCUCGAUUUGCAAGGACUUGAAGAAGGUGCAGGCGCAUGCUUGGCAGCCAUAGCUAGUGCGGCCACUUUUGCUUGGUUCUCGAGCAACCGUAAAAAAGUGGGCUCGAUUUUCACAACCGGGUGCAAUACCUUCAUUGAUGCACUCGUUGACCAAAUAGUCGAUGGCUUGUUUUACGAGACCGACAUUAAUGACUGUCCGAAUGAUUGA